AGCACAUUUGCCCACCCACACAGCCACCCGUCCCAGCUCUCUCUGGCGAGCGCGAUGGCCGCAAACGUGGCGCUGCUCUCCGCCUCCUCGCCCUCGACUUCCGCCGCAGCCUCCUCGUUCCUCUCCCGCCGUCCUCUACCUCGCUGCUGCGCGGCCUCCCCCCGAAGAGCAAGCUCCCGUCUCUCCAUCAUGGCGGCGUUGGGCGAUGACCCAAUCAGGGAAUGGAUUCUUACAGAAGGGAAGGCCACGCAGAUCAAAGGGACCAGGUCCAUUGGUGGUGGCUGCAUUAACUCCGCUCAGCGCUAUGAUACUGACGCGGGCCCCUUCUUUGUGAAGACCAAUAGCCGCAUUGGUCCUGAAAUGUUUGAAGGAGAAGCUCUUGGUUUGAAGGCAAUGUAUGACACAAAGUCGAUCCGUGUUCCUUUGCCAUACAAGGUUGGACCAUUGCCCACUGGUGGUUCUUUUAUCAUCAUGGAGUUUAUAGAAUUUGGUCGCUCUAGAGGAGACCAGUCAGUUUUGGGAAGGAAGCUUGCUGAAAUGCAUAAGGCAGCUAAAUCUGAUAAUGGAUAUGGUUUCCAUGUUGACAAUACUAUUGGCAGCACUCCACAAAUUAACACUUGGACUGCUGACUGGAUUGAGUUUUACUCUAAGCAUAGAUUGGGCUACCAGUUGGAGUUGGCAUCGAGACGAUAUGGAGAUUCAGCCAUAUAUGAAAAAGGUCAGCGAUUGAUCAAGAAUAUCCGUCCACUUUUUGAUGGUGCUGUUCUUGAGCCCUGCUUGCUUCAUGGUGAUUUGUGGAGUGGAAACAUAAGCUCUGAUACUAAAGGAGAUCCAGUGAUAUUGGAUCCUGCUUGCUACUAUGGGCACAAUGAGGCAGAGUUUGGGAUGUCCUGGUGUGCUGGAUUUGGUGGGGACUUCUAUAAUGCCUAUUUUCAGGUGAUGCCUAAACAGCCAGGAUUUGAGAAGAGGAGGGACCUCUAUCUCCUCUACCACUACCUGAAUCACUACAAUCUUUUUGGCUCUGGAUACCGCUCAUCAGCGAUGUCCAUAAUCGAAGACUACUUGUAUCUGCUUGCGGCUUAGUUUUCGCUAUUUACUCUCACAUGAAAACUGAGGCAGCAGUGUACAUGUUCCAUUAUGUAUGUCAGUAUGUUGUGGGUUCAUUUUCUUGUAAAAUGUCUUCCUCUUUUGUGCAUAGAUCACACUACAUUCCUGUACCAAUCACUAAAAGAUCCUCAGUUAUGUAAAUAUCUCACUGUCAAUGCAUCGUGAUCUUGUUUAUGGAUA